UUUACGUGAAGGUGUGUUAGGAGAAACGACACUGCGAACCAACAAGAAAAGAACCCCACAAAAACUCAGCAUUAUUCCCCAGCUGAAUUCCCGAUGGAAUAUAGCCUACGUUUAAAAAAGCUAGUCGCUAUGUAGUCGGCUGUAAGAUGUUGAAAUAUGAAACAGUGGAUCUAACAUCAAAUAGAUCUAGAUUUGUGUUGACUCUUUAACAAUUAUUUCUUAAAAGAAACUCUGGACGACAUUUGAUCACUGCUAGACCUGGGAUAGCGUUAUCCAAGAGAACUUAGUGACUUUUGUAUUUAGAUUUCUUCACUUGAUAUGGGUUUGAAAUAAUUUCAUCACGAUGCAAGUCUGUCCAGUAUCUGAUUUGACCAUGGUGUCCAUAACACUUCUGAGGUCAUUGGCCAAAAGUGACCUAGAGUGACCGAGCCAUCUCUCACCAAAACCACCCCAACCUCUAGCCAGCCCUUACCCGCCUCAUUGUUCAACUUGGUUGUGAUCAAUUGGCAUACAUGUCGUCUGCAGCCUUAUCUCUCGCCAGGGUGAAGGUCAAGAUGGGAAAUCUUUGGGCCCGCCUUCGGCACAAAGACGUUCGGAUUAUCUUGCUUGGCUUAGACUCAGCAGGCAAGACAACCAUUUUGUACAGACUUAAACUUGAUGACCUAGUCACCACUAUUCCUACAAUAGGUUUUAAUGUGGAGAGCAUUCAGUAUAAGGACCUUCAUCUUACUGCAUGGGACAUUGGCAGUCGUGACAAAAUACGCCCUUUGUUCCGACACUACUAUAAAGGGGCAGAUGCUGUGGUAUUUGUAAUAGACAGUCAUGAUCCAGAACGACUGGAUGAGUUGAACUACGAUGUCAUUAAGCCAGCCAUGAAUGCAGAAGAACUGACCAGUGCAGUCUUCUUAUUUCUGGCCAAUAAAAUAGACCUACCUGAUACAAUGUCAGUGGAAGAAAUAUCUGAGAGAUUAGGUCUCAAAUAUUUAAAACAUCCUUGGGGCAUCAUACCUGUCAGUGCAGUCAGUGGAGAAGGUCUUCAAGAUGCCCUUCAAUGGCUUGCUAUAAGACUUGGCUCUGCUCAGGUAAAGCCCAGAAACUUUACCACCAAUCAACCCCAGAAACCAAAGUCUAUGAAAGAAUGCAACACUCAGUCAUCAUUAUCUUCAGGUUCAUCUACUGGAACAUCUAGGACUGAUAACUCCAAGACAGCAUCAACAGGUGGUUCCAUUCAGAGUCCCCAGAAACCAAUAAUUUUUGUUAAUUCCAAGCUCUACAUGGACACAAGAGCUGCACAGUCAUUGUCUUCUGGCUCAGUGGACAACACUUCUUCACCUAUGUCUGCUCCAAUGUCAUCAGUGUCAACACCAUCCAGCAAUUACAGGUAUGCUGCAUACACCCCAAGGAAAACUCCAGGAAGUGUCAUGAACUCUUUUUCAUCCUACUCCAUAGCUCAGUCUAUGCAGGCAGAUAUGUCAAGAAGAAAGUACAGUGCUAUUUCCAGAAGUGAUAUUCGCAAGCUGAGCUGUGCAUCCCUUAAUGACACCCCUGGUGCCAGAAAGCUGAGUGCAGCUUCUUUGCUGGACUGCCCAAAUGCUAGAAAGAUGAGCUCAGUUUCUCUUAUGGAAUCCCCAUAUCGACGGAAAAUGAGUACUUCAUUUGUGAUUGACCCUCCAUGCUACAGAAAGUUCAGUUCUGUGUCUUUAAUGGAUACACCAUCUGGUAGAAAGCUCAGUAUAGCCUCUUUGGGGGAUCCAAGGCUAACAGAUACACCCUUUGACAGAAGAAAUAUUGAUGAAGCUGAUAGUGAUUGUGUCAGAAAACUCAGUGCUGUUUCUUUAGGCGAUCAGGCUUUCCCUGACUACAGGAGAAAGCUUAGUGCUGUUUCACUAACUGACUCUAAAGAUAAUGUUAACAGACCCAAAAUGUCUUACCUUUCAGCGGAUCCUACGGCUUUAUCAACACCACCAACUUCAAAGCGGAGAUCUGAAGACCUGUCGUUACAAGGAUUUGGAAGUUUCACACCUAUAAUGGCAGACUACAUUCAUAAUGAUAGAAAAGACAGUGAUACGUCAGCAGACUCUUUGAACAUAGUUUCACCUUCUGAACAUUUACAGCCUCACCUAAGACCUCUUGGUUUAAAGAAGUCACCUUUCAUGUCAAACUCUGCUAAAUAUGUUGUCAACUCUAUUGAAGCUGAAAAAGAAACCCAUUAUGAAGAACUUUUCCGUCUUCUUCCUGACAGAAUGACUAAUCUUAAUGCCUACAGGGAGUCUUUUCUGAUAGCCAAUGAGCACUUGGGUCGCAAUCAAAACUUAUUAAGUGCCCUUGAUCAGACCAAUAGAAAUUCAUCUAAUGUGCCUAACAAUAAUGAAACCUCAAAGAGCAAUCAUAUCAAAAAAGGAAACAAGUCUUCAAGACAGUCGAGCCAAGAUUCAGAUAGCUCAAGCUCUUCGGGUAAUGGGAAACGAUCCAACCUUGACUUGUUUUGCACACCAACAAAACGAUGGCACAGCCAGUCCCGGCGUAACAGGAAUCAAAUGAAAGGAAACAACAUGUCCGUGGUAAGCUCUCAUCGGGGAGCCUACUGUUCUAGAGCAUACAGUGCUUUUAAGUGCUUGUUUUUUAGGCCCACCAAAGAGGAGAUGCAACAUGAGACCAACAGCAUCAGCAGUGAUGAUGAAAAUGAGAACUGUAACAACCAUUGCACCAAUAACAGACUGGACAAUCAUCAUUUGGACGUUAAGAGAGACAAUCCUGUUGACAUUCAUAUAACAAUCGAAGAUGUUAAAGACGGUGAAUUUCAAGAAUGUGCCAUUGAUUCAAAUGAUACAUAACUGAUAUUGAAAAACAUACACAUUUUCUACUUAAUCUAAUUAAUUCUGUCAAUUUAAGUUAAAAAGGCAUGAAUUGUGAUUUAUAAAAUGAAAAUGCAAUUCUUAAAAUUGAGAAUAAUUUAUUUUUCAAAAACACAUUUUUCAUUCAUAAGUAAAUUUACGUUACUUGUGCACAUGAAGCAAUUAAACUCUAAUUCAAACUCUUCUUUUGACAGAGUUAAAAACUUAUAAAAAAAAAACAAUGAAAAAAAACUAUUGAUAUAUUUUUAGCAAGAUUCUUGGAGUGCUUGAGUUGCAUGUUCCCCAUUGUAGCAAGAAGAUUGAGAUUAUUAAAUGACAUACUUAUUGUGAUAUAAUGUGACGAUAAGAAAAAAAAAUCACUACUACAAAUAAUAUAGCUCUAAAGUUGAACACAAAAUGAACUGCCAUUUUGUUUUUACCAAGGUUAUGUUAAAAUAUUACAAAGCAAUCAUUUCAUGUUUCAAAUUGUAUGUAAUCAUUUCUGACUUCUAUCCACAAUGAAAAGCAAAUUAUUGAAGUAAAAACAAAAAUAAUUAAAUGUUUGCUUAGUGAUUGAAUACUGUUCUUAUUAUGAAUAGUUCCCCUUUCAGACCUUGUGGUCUAUAGGGCAGAUGAUGUAAAAGUCAUCUGUUUCUGUGGCCUAUGGUUAACAAGGGUGUCGUGUGGCCAGCACAAUGACCAACCGCCUUUACUUUUUCCCAACUAAUGUCAUGUACCCAUUAGAGCUGGGUGGACUCAGAGGAGCCCAAAGAUCCAGAAAUUAAAAAUCCCAGUCUUCACCAGGAUUUGAACCCAGGACCCCCAGUUUGGAAGCCAAGCACUUUACCGCUCAGCCACCACGCCUUCCUUUAUUAUGAAAUGAGUCCUAUUCUAUAAGAAAAAAUAAAGGAAUUCUGGAAUCAUUUAGACUAUAGUAGAGAUAAAGUUCUUUAUUUUAAGUCAGCAGGGGAUCUUAGAAUCUCAAUUUGAAACUUCAUCAUGCUCAAGUUUUUCUUUUAUCUACAUCAUGUUAACCAGGGUUUUUUUUUACAUGGAAAAAUGGCUUUAGAUCUUCACAAAUAAAAACUAAAUCAUUAUUUUGUUCUAUAAAUAAAUGUUACUAAUCUACAAGUAUUUGUUUAGCUAUCUGACAGUGCAAAUCGCUUAUUCAGACCUAACUUUUUUAGUAAGUAACCUUAUCAAAUGUUAUAUCAGCAGUAUGUGUUGUUUUUAAAUUUAAUUUAUUGUUUUAUAUCUGUACCUUGCACUUAAAACAGGGAAUCAUUUUAUUUUGUUAUUACAUGCACAACUGAGAAUUGGCCUCUUCAAAUAGGUCAACAAAUUGGACAAAUUUUAUAUCUGUAUCAUGCACUUAAAGCAGGGAAUGAUUUUUUUGUUUGUUAUUACAUGCACAACUAAGAAUUGGACUCUUUAAAUAGGUCAACUAAUUGGACAAAUUUAAAAAAUGUUAUUUCCCACAUUUAUAGUCCAUUAAUUGCAAGUAGUAGAACCUUUUCCUCUGUACAAGUAAUUUAUCUGUAAAAGCUAUAUUAGAUCAACUAAGGUAACUUCAAUACUUUACCUAUUUUGUGAAGAGCAAUAGGAUCUUUAUAAUUUCCAAAAAAUAUGCGAACAUUAAAAAUUAUUUAAUAAUUGUUUAAUAAGAAUUUAACACUGAAACCAAAAUCUGUAAAUAUAAUUUCAUAGCUCAAACUUCAUUAUUUUUGUAUAUUGAGCAUAUAAAUAAUUUUUGUUUGUUUUCUUUAAACAAGGUCUUCAAAUAAAUUGAAAACAAUUUUUGUUCCAGUAACAGAAGUAAACAUUCCUAAAUAUGAAGGAGAGAUGUACAACCAAAGUUGUUUGAUUUUAGAUGAAGCUACUAAAAAGUUUUCAAAGUGCUAAUUUUACAAACUGAUUCCAACAUUUAUUUUUAUUGAAAUGAAUUUAGAACUCAUAAUUUCGUAGCUGUACACACCUGUAAGAAUAGUUUUGUUUCCAUCUCAUUUCUACUUUUUAUAUAAAAUCAAUUCAAAAUAUCUAAUAGAUCUCAUUUUCUAAUUUUAUCUUUUAGGAUGCAGACGUUACUUCAAAAAAGAAGAUAAUUGCUUUCUAUGCAUUUCAUGUGUCAAUCUAGUCAUACAUGUUAAUCAGUGACUUAAAUUCUUCUAAGUCCUUGGUUUUCUGGCUGAUUCAGGCAACCCAUUCCAUUCUCUAAUUUUAUUGUAACAAUUGAAAUUUACUAAGAUUAAAAAUAUUUCUUUUACACCAAUUAUUUCUAGAUCUAGUGUCAUCUAUACAUUAUGCUUACAUCAUCUACAUUGGACAUUUUGGUAGUGCACAUUACACAGUUUUAAUAUUCAGACCAAAACUUAUUUAUGUAUUUAUAUCAUUUAAGCAUAAAGUUUUAAUUGUAUUUAGCUAAAAGCAUGAUUGAAAAUGUGUUUUCAAACUUAAGAAAAUAUCUUUUAUAUUGUUUAUUUUUAAAUUAAUCAAUAUUCCUAUUUUCUUCACUUCAUCUGUAAUGUUAGGCAUUUUAAAAAGAAUCAUCUCAGAUUGAACAGAAAUAUAUAAUAAUCAUAAGGCUUGAAAUUUAAAUUUUAUUUAUGAUUUUUUUAACCUCCUGUUCCAAAAUUAAAUACAAAACAAAUCUUGAAUGAUUAAGUGUUGUUUUUUUCUAGUAAACUAUCUAAAAAUCAGGGCCUUUUUAUUUUUAAUACGACUCAUUUUGCUGUGAGGAUACAAAAAUGUUAAUCCUAUUUGUAGAUUUCUAUUUUUUUUUAAAAUCACAAACCAGUUAAAAUAUUGGGAUCUUGAGUGUUUUAAGUUUCUAAUUAUAUUUGUACAUUUAUUCAAAACAAAACACAAAACUGCUGAUUAAGAUAUACAAUAAUUUUGAUUUCUAGACAUCAGUUCACACUGAAAUCAAUCAUACCAAGAUUUUGGUCAUUUCAAACUUUAGUUUCUUUUGUUACUACUUUCAUUGAUGAUGUUUGUUUAUACCAAAAAACUCAUUAUUGGCUUUUUUUAAAAAGUUUUGUAUGAUGAAUGUUGUGUUUUUAUUUGUAAGACACAUGCUUAUAAUAAUCUAUGAUAGCAAUAUUCAGAAAUUUGUAAGAUGAAUAUUUAAUGUAAUAUUUAUGAUACUUUUAAAAAUGCUUUUUGGGGGGGCAGAACUACCAUAGAUUCACUUGUACGACUAGAGGGACAGAACUACCAUAGAUUCACUUGUACGACUAGGGGGGCAGAACUACCAUAGAUUCACUUGUUCGACUAGGGGACUAGGACUUAAAUUCUCCCAUGUGGUUUGGAACAUUGGGUAGCAAGCUGUCUCCAUAAAAUUGGUCUGCAUGAAUAGUUGCAGCCUUUUCCCAACUGAUGUCCAUUUCCUGAGAUCCUCUAUGCAGGUAUGACAGCAUGUUAUACGAGGAUUUCCCUCCAUGUUGUUGCUACCUUUGUGGCAUAUGAUUCAUACUGUUGGAGAACAUUGCAAAUCUCAUUUGACGCUCAAUCACAGCCUCAUUGAAAGGCCAAGUACCGAUUCAACAUAGGGGACCUCUUUAAAAAAUCCUGUUUCACACUUCAUAAAUAUAUCAAUUACAAUUAUAUAUAUAUUAUAUAUAUUUUUUUUUUUAGUAAGAACAA